AUGCCCCCAAAGAGAUACGUUGACCGUAAAGAGUCCAAGUCUAGAGACAUCAAGAAGGCCUUGACCCACAGGGCCAGAUUGAGAAAGGGCUACUUCAAAUUAUUGGAGCAAGAAGGCGAGUCGAUCCCCGAGAAAGAUGUGGCCAAAUCGGAAGAAAGGGCCAAACCCACGAUGAACUACGCCGAAAGAGCCAAAAUUGCCAAGCAGAGAAAGGAGGAACAGAGAAAGGAGAAGUUGGAAAGAGUCCAGGACAGAAGAAAGGCCAUCGAGAAGAAAGACAAGGAGAGAGAGUUGAAGAAGUUGAGGCUCAGUCAGAAGACCAAAACUGGCCAGCCUUUGAUGGGUCCCAGAAUCAACAACCUUUUGGAAAAGAUCAGAAAGGACGUGAGCUGA